UGAACAAUGCCACAACUUAAUAAGUGCAACUUAUAAAACAUCAUGCAAGACCGGUCAAGGCGUAGACGAAAUGUUUGCAGAUAUUGCUCAACAUUUAGUAGAAUCAAAUCGAUCACGUUUGGAGCUGCAGUCCAUAGACACUGAGUCUUUUAAAAUUACUCCACCGGAUGAUGUAACUGAGCCGUCCUGCUUGUGCUAACGUACUUUCCAAGAAAUGUUUUGCAGUCAGGAGUGAAUUCUUAAUGGAUAUAGGGAAGGGGAGAAGAAUUUGAGAAAAUAAUUGGAAAUAAUCAUAAUGAAGAAACGACUUGCAUUUUAAUAUUGCUCCAUAAGUAUAAAGAGUAUAGUGUACAGACAUUGCUUGUAAUAAUUUUUGAAUCAAUAUCAGAUAUAUUUAGUUUUAUAAUAUUCCAAAGUAUACACUAAAGGACACACUGUUCCCAAGCAUAUAUUCAUAUUCAAGUUGAAUGUACAAAGAGUAGUUAAAACAUUAGGCGUUAUUCAUAGAUAACUGUAUCGUAAUUAGACCCCUGGGUGACGCCAAUGCAAUUCAUGAAGGUGGCACCAAUGCAUUCAUUGUGUUAGAUAAUUCCUGCAAAUGUUGCUUGAAUUUAGAAGAAUACAAACACUUUAUUUAUUUACAUCAAAAACAGUUAAAAUCUGUUUGUGAUGUGCUAUGAGAAAAAGCUCAAUUGAAGUUACAUGUCCA